AUGGCUACUUACUCGAAAGCAUCAUUCAAGUCUCUCAACUACAACACGUUCCGUCCUCAUUACCCGCCAAGUUUCUACGGCAUUUUGGGAGACUAUAUAAAGUCUCGGGGAAACCCAGUUCCCGUUAAGUAUGCGUUAGAUUUGGGUUGUGGCACGGGAGUCGCUACGUAUCCCCUUUUGAACAUUGCAGAGCGUGUGGAUGGCUUGGAUCUUUCACCAGUGAUGAUCAAAACUGCUACAGAUUUGAAGCAAAAACGAUUGAAAGAACUUGAAAUUGACGAUUCAAGCAGGAUCAAUUUCAAGGCUGGCGGUGUGGAAUCUCAGCUUUAUGAUGGCGAAAACCCAAUCGAAGAAGGUUCCGUUGAUUUAAUCACCGCUGCUCAAUGUAUCCAUUGGUUCAAGGACUACGAUACUUUUUUCUCCACUGCUGCCAAAUUAUUGAAACCUAAGGGAGUUUUGGCGUAUUGGUACUACGUAGACCCAGUGAUCACGUCGUUUUCUGGGCCUUCGAAAGUCGAGAAGGCUACCGCAUUGAAAAAUGCCUAUGAUAUCUACUUCAAGUAUGUCUAUGAAGAUCCUGAGUAUAUUGGUCCAUACUGGGAGAAUCCCGGCCGAGAAAUCAUCAAAAACUUCUAUGUUGAGGUGGACAAGCACAUCCCUGAAAGUUUGUAUGGAAACAAAAAAGUUAACAAAUUGGAGUUGCACCCAAAUACCUCCAAGGAACCCAAUGAGAAGGACGACUUGGUUUUGGUCAGAAAGGGAAUUAAACUCAAGGAAUUGGAGGGCUAUCUCUCGACUUACAGUGGAUUCCACUCCUACAAGGAAGCCACCGGAGACAAGAAGGAUUUCAUUGGGUCCUUUUUUGCUGAGCUUGAGCAGGUAAAUGGGUGGGACAGAAAUGAAACCGAAAUCGAUAUUGUGUGGAACACAGGAUACACCUUCAUUUCCAAAAAGUAG